CCACUUCGGUAGCUUGCUAGUCAACAUGAAACCGGAACAUUGAAGCUCUUUAGACCAUUUUUGUGUAUAUUAAUUUGUGUUUUAAACACAAGUAUGUGUACGUAUUAAGGUAAACGUAAUUUGCUCGUUAAAUAUUCCAAUUUGUCAAAAAAUGUAUACAGCACUAGGCUAAUGCUAACUAGCUAGCUAGCUAACAUCCCCCUGACCAUGAGUUCACUAAGCUACUCCCCCCCUGCUGAAGAAGAGAAGGUGUGCUGGAUGGAGAAAGAAGCUCUGGGUCUGAACAUUGUCGUAAAAGAAGAGGAGGAGGAUAUUACAGUGAAAGGAGAGGAAGAAGCUUUUGGAGUGAAAAAGGAGGAAGUAGAUGCUAUCACAUUGAAAGAAGAAAAGGACAUUACUGUGAAAGAAGAGAAAGAACCUUUUGGAGUGAAAGAGGAAGAGGGGAUAGAGGCUGUCAGAGUGGUAGAAGAUUUCAGAAUCAAAAAGGAGGAAGAGGAGGAUGUUACAGUGAAAGAAGUCAACGAGCCUUUUGGGGUGGAAGAGAAAGAGGGGAUAGAGGCUGUCACAAUGGAAGAGGAGGAGGUAGAAGCUUUCAGAAUCAAAAAGGAGGAAGAGGAGGCUAUCACAUUGAAUGAAAAGGAGGAUGUUAUAAUGGAAGAAGAGGAAGAACCUUUUGGAGUGGAGGAGGAGGAGACUGAAGAUCUGAUUAACACCAGUGAGUAUUGUCUUAAAAACUGGGGCACAAACUAUGCAGUAGUUGAACUAAUGUGUGGUUUUAAAGGGGCAUUCAACUGAAGUUCUACACUUGAAUAUGUUGUUCAGUACUGUAGGAAUGGUUAAAGGAGCAAUCUGCGAUUGUUCCA